AUGUCAUGAACAAGUGUGGUUUGCCAAGAAAACCUUAAACUUUAAUGUUUAAUACAAAUUUAGAAUAUUUCGUAAUAGAUAUGCCUGUCAGAAUUUCAUUGCCUUGGCAAGAUAAGAAUGAUGAACAAAGUUUGUUCACAGAAAAUUUUGCUAUCAACAUUUUCUAAAAAUAAUAGUUAGUGGCCCUAGUAUAAGCCAUCAGGCGCUAUGCGACAUUGAAGUUGGUACAGGCAUCAAAGACCUCCUCCCCGGUCUGAAUGCGGUUAGUGAAAAAUGUGGUCCUUAUGCUCGUUUGCAUAAAUCUUGAUAAUGAGCUAGAAUUAUUCUCACCUAAUCAUACCAAACUGUCCAACAUAGAUUAAUGUAACGAUACAUAUAUACAGAUCACAGGAAGAGUCCCUCAAACAACUGUAUUUGUACGAAACGUUAUGGGAUCAGUUUUGACCCCAUACGGUAAGAUUAGUCGAAAAAAAAACUACGGUGGUUAAAGCGUUAACACGGCCAUGUUCUGUGAAGUGAUUUCAAAAAUCGCUUCAGUUAGUCUGAGAGUAUGUCAAAGUCGCUAAAAUUUGGUUGAUAAGAUCAAAUUUUUUAUUAAUGACUUUCUUGUGUAACUUUCUGUUACAGAAAAUUAGAGUAUUUUUUACGUAUAUUUGUCAUUGGUCAUCGGAAUCUAGAAACAUGACGUCACCCCAUAUUAUCUGGGUGACGUUGGCGCUGCUGUUGGGUGGACCAGGUAUGCAAAAUCAUCCAUUGUACCGUUUUUAAGACAGAAUGAUUUAAGAGUUAACUCAUAGCUACUUAUCUGCGGCAGCCAAAAAUCAUUAUUCUGCUCUGUUAACAAAGUGGGUUUUUUUUUCAAAUAUACAUCUUGAAACAUUUUAGCCGCAACCAUCCAGGAGCCUGCCAUUUUGACAAAAAAAUGAAAGUUUAUUGAUAAGUGAUGUUUGAUAAGCACCCAUUAAGGUCAUAUGUUUUCUUAUUAGAUGAAAUCUAAUGCCCUUUAUGGGAAACGCUAUGCAAUAAUUAUGUCGUUUAAUUAUAUAAAUCUGUCAAACCAUUUGAAUGUAUAACUAUGUUUCUGAAAACAUCCAUUGUUUCGCUGUUAUCUGUUUUUACUUUCUUGUGAUAACAUUCUAAUUCUUCAUCUUAAGGCUAUGGAAAUGCGUCUACUAGAGACCUGGACGGGUACCGUUACCGGACGUUUACAACUGCCCGUAACUACGACCAGGCGCAGGCGACUUGUGUGUCAUAUGGCGGGCAUCUGGCACAUAUAAAAAACUCCCGUCAGCAGGGUGUUCUCGCAAAUAUGGCAGCGGUAGGUGGGGGUGACAGUUACUGGAUUGGCCUCACAGAUAGACAGUCGGAGGGUUCUUGGCGUUGGACCGACGGAACACGUCUGUAUUACACCAAUUGGUCUCCAGGAGAACCAAACAAUGGCAAUAAUGUGGACGGGGAGCAGGACUGUGUGACUUUGUGGGAAAAAUAUGACUUUACACAUUGGGACGAUCUGCAGUGUGAUCUUCGGAUAAACUUCAUCUGCCAGACAGAUAUAGACGAGUGCUCCAGCAACAACGGAGGCUGUGACCACAACUGUGUAAACACUGUCGGGAGCUACCGCUGUACCUGUCGUAAUGGGUACCAGGAAUCUGGAUCAAGCUGCGUCGAUAUAAAUGAAUGCCACAACAACAACGGAGGCUGCAGUCACAACUGUGAGAACGAUGUAGGGAGCUACCAUUGUACCUGUCGGGAUGGAUACCAGCUGUCUGGCUCAACUGACUGCAUUGACGUAAAUGAAUGCCACAACAACAACGGAGGCUGUAGUCACAACUGUGAGAACGAUGUAGGAAGCUACCAUUGCACCUGUCGCGAUGGAUACCAGCUGUCUGGCUCAACUGACUGCAUUGACAUCGACGAAUGUGCCAGUAACCCCUGUCGCAAUGAAGGAACCUGUCAGGACCUGAUAAAUGAGUACAGAUGUGACUGUUCACCAGGAUGGACCGGUGCCACAUGUGAAACAGAUGUGAAUGAAUGCGACGCCAAUAACGGACAGGGCCCUUGCGACCCUAAUAACGGCAUCUGUCAGAAUUCUCCAGGAAGCUACACAUGCUGGUGCAAGGUUGGAUUCGACCUUAAGGAAGACCAGCACGGGUGCAAAGAUACUGAUGAGUGUCUGGACAACGAUGGAAGAGGCCCAUGUGAUCACAUCUGUACAGACAUGUUUGGGAGUUACCGCUGUUCUUGUAGAGACGGAUACAGCACAGGGUCUGAUGGCUUCUCAUGUGUUGAUAACGAUGACUGCAGAUCCAGCCCUUGUGAAAAUGGAGCGACCUGCCUUGAUGGAGGCGGAAACUACACUUGCUAAUGCCUGAGUGGAUUCAAAGGCGACAACUGUGAAUUCGCCCCAUGCAGUGAGGACUUCCCACCACCUCAACACGGCUCGGCCACCUGUGCUGCUACCACCAGCGGAGGGCAGUUCUGCACAGUCGCCUGCGAAUCCCAACACGAGUUCGCCUGCACACCUGCUGACGGUUACAG